AUGGCUACUGUCAGAUCAGAUGUUGAAAUCGACGGUGUAAAGUCGUAUUUCUUUGCACCGCUCCUCAAAAAUAUCCUGGAAAAUGAGCAGAAAUUGAUUGAAAACGAGGGAUUUUCGCCAUUCGCCGAUUUUGUUUUGGGUUUGACCGAAGAGUUUCCAAAACCAGGCGAUGUUUAUCCGAUUCUUGCUGGCACAAAUCCACAAGUUUCGCAAAUUGUGGCCGCAAUCGAUGCGAUGAGUGUAUUUGGUGACGAAUAUCGAGCAAUCUCCAAUCAACUGGCAGAAGUUUUGAAUGGAAAUGCAGUUCGCCACGAUGUCCACAGCUUGAAAAAUGCAUCUGUUAAUCAAUUGGCGUUUGAAAGAGAUUUAGCAACUCUUGUUAGAAAAGCAUCGAUUGGAAAAGUUCAAGGAAACCAUCUUCUCAACUUCUUGCAAACAAUCUUGAUUGCCAAAACAGACAUUGAAAGAUUGAACGCUUUCAGUUCACUUUGUUUGGCUGAUUUUGAUUGGGACGCCUAUGUUUUCUUGAAAUUGUUCUCCAAAGGAUCACCAGAUGAAAUCGACGAAAUGAAGUUGAUUCGCGAAAACAUCAUCGCAAAGAUUGGAGGAAAACGAGGAAAUUUGGUUGAUUUAUGGUUGAAUGGAAGAAAAGUCGAUCCAGCUGUUGAAUUUGUUCGCAAUUUGAAUAAACCAAUCUCGGAGACAAUUGAAUUAGUUGUUCCUCAAAUUGUUGAGAAUAUUUUGGCUGUUAUCAAAAAGGAAGAUGAUACAAGUUUGUUGGAAUUGGCGCCACUCACCAGUCAAUUGUUUUAUCUUAUUUAUCGAGCUGUUGUAUCUGGUGCAGUGAGUUCGGUUGCGGACAUCUUUGCGAAGCUACCAAGUCAAGUCAGAAAAAUCAUGUUUCCAGGAUUGGCUGAAGCAGUUUUGAAGGUAAUAUUUAUACAAACACGCUGAAAUGCAUAAUUCUAAAUUUUUUCAGGAUUCCAUCGCUCUUCUCAACUACUUCGCUCCAUGUUUCAUCGAAGCAUCGCAACGUCGAAAAUCACUUGUUGGUCUCGAAACCGAUGGAAUCUUCUGUGUUUUGGCGGAUUCCUGGAAAAGAGAUGCAAUUGUCAAACUUUUCGUUGAUUUCAAGGCCGCAAUUUCAAGAGAUGUUUUCGGUGUUUCACUUGCGCAUGGAUAUGAAAAUGGUCCGCAACACUGUAAUUUCAUAAUUGAAUUGUUGAAGUCGUAUGAUGGAGAAAUGCAUGUUGACUGGUUGAGUUAUCCACAAAGGGCGAAUAUCGCCAAUACUUUGAAAAGUAAGUCUAGAUAUAACAUUAUAAGAAGCAUUAGUUCAUGAAUUUCAGGAGAAGCCCUCAUUUCUCAAGUUGCAAAAGAAAAUAUUGCAAGAGUGAUCGCUGCUCUCGAAAAGAUCGAAGGAGCGCCAAACAGCCCUGAACCAAAAGAUCCAACUCCAAUAAUUCGCGAAGAUCCUUCUCAAAUCAUCCAAGAAGAGCCUGUGAAGCAAAUUGAACCACUUCCAGAAAUUUCCAUUGAAAUUCAAAAAGAAGUUCAAGUUGAACCAGAAAUUGUUGCCGUUCCAGAAAUACAAAUUGAGCAGGAUCCUCCAACAUUGGGACAGGUAGGCAUUUCUGAAAAAAAUAGAGCAAGUAAAAAAUUAUAUUGAUUUCAGGACGAAGUUGAUGCAACAACAUCAUCAAGCACACCAUCUUUGAAGUCCGUUCCAUUCGAAACAACGGAACAAAUCAGUGAAAAAUCUGUGAGCGAAGAAUCUGUUCCAGAAGUUGUUGCUCCAGUUCAAGAACCCAUUCAAGAGCCAAUCAAAACUGUCCCAGUCGAAACUGCACCACCGCCAGCUCAAUCAAUUCCCGCAACAACAUCUCAAUUCGGAGCUGGAGAUAUGCCAACUGUUCCAAAACCAACAAGUCAAUUCCAAAGUGGUGGAUUUGGAAAUGCUCCAGCUUCAUGUUUUGGUAAAAUGGGUGGAUUUGGUGGAGGUGGACAAAGUCAACCUGUUAGAAGUUUCGGAGGACCACCACAAAGAGGCGGCGGCGGUGGCGGAUAUCGAGGUGGCCAAGGUGGAAAUCGAGGAGGAUACAGAAACUAA